AUGCACCUGUCAUUCUGAGGCGACACCGUGUGUCCAUAUUCGGUACUACAACAGAACUCUCCCGGAAGAAUCUCCAGUUGGUUAAUGAAGUCGCUGAUUGACAUGGCGUCAGUCGGGCUGCGGGGUCUGGCUCUCUGCGCCGUGUGUCUCCUCAACACGGCGUUUGUGUUCAUAUCCGGUGCAGAAUUUAUUCGGUUUAUAUCAUUUCGAGCCAUUUACCACAACAUCACCGGGGACACGACGCUCUGUCAAGACUCUAUACCGUGGUCGGUGGCCCUGCGGGACAGCUCUGUCCUCGGGUCUCUCUUCAUGGAUCUGGGGCUGCUGGUUCUCUUCAUCAUGCAGCACAGUCUGCUGGCUCGUUCCCCCGUCAAACAGGCCCUCCACUCGGUGCUGGGGCCCCUCAACAGGACGGCUUACUGCUUCACCACAGCACUGGCACUCCAGAUCAUCAUGCGUUACUGGCAGCCUGUGAUGGGCGCCCCCUGCUUGUGGUCGGUGCGUCAUGCACCCUGGAGUAUCUGGUUCCCUGUGCUCUGCUUCGUUCUGCACUUCCUCUGCUGGGCAAUCAUCUGCAGCAUCUUCAUGAUCUUCGAUUACCCGGAACUGAUGGGCAUCAAGCAGGUUUACAACAACUGUCUCGGUUUAGGGGACCCUCUGACUUACAAGUCACCUGGGGCCCGGCGCCUCCUGUCUCACCUCCGCCACCCGGUGUGCCUUGAGCUCGGCGUCGUGCUGUGGGUCCUGCCGGCCUUGACCCUGGACCGGCUCCUGCUGGCGGGGACUCUGUCGACCUACCUGGCCGUGGCACACUCUCUGGACAAACAGGAUUUGGCCUACCUCUGCGUCCGGCUUAACCACAAGCUGCAGCUCUUUGCCGAGCCGCAGCGGGGCAGCGCCGAGCCCUGCGGCCACAAGGAGACGUGACGGAAACCGCCUUCUUCCUGCUGUCGUGUGAAGCUUCAAACUAACUGCUGUCUUAAAAUGAGCAGAAGUGGCACACAAGUGACUUCUCAAUGAGCCGGGUCAUCUGCUGCGCUGAAUAAGAGGCUCUGGCUGUCUCUGCUCAAUGCAAACUAACCUUGACACUGUCCGUUUAAACGUGGUCUUUUUACUGUAUAUGCACUCAAAGAAAUAACUUGUAGGAUUUACUUAAUAAAAUCCUCGUAACAAUUUGCACUAACACUAACUAAGUAACUUUUACUGUUGAAGGAUUAAGUAAAUCCUACUAGACAGUGUUAAGUAUAACAUACUUAAUUUUAGACUAAAUAACCAUGAAAAUACUAAGUAAUUCAUGGGGCUCCAGAAAGGGAGAUUUUAUACCACUAGUUGAAAGCACAAUAUUGAUUAAAUAUUUUGGCGGCUCUUUAUUCUGAAUUCAUUUGGGAACAGAGAUUCCUAAAUGUAAUCACAGUAUAGGAGGUUUUAUUGUAAAGUUUGUGUCCAAAUUUGAUAUUAUUAAAACAUUUAAAUCAAAUGAACUAAAUUAAUUAAGUCAAAUAUUCUUUAUUUUAUUCAUAAUAAUAUAGUAUAUUUAUAUAAGCCUCAACAUACAAAGUGCCAAAUGCACAAACAUUUUGAAGAUUUUUUUAGAUUUUCCCAAAAACCACAUACUUGUCAAACAAUGGCCUCUGAGAUUAUUAAUGUAUUUCCUCAGGUGCUUCAUUCUGUGUUGGCGUCAGUAAUGUCAUGAACAAAGUAAAUAAAGUGGCCUUUUCUAAAUAUUUUAUUCGAACUUCAAAAGUACUGAUCUCUCUUGAACAUGCAUUGUAUGUAUGAGAUGACUGCGCUGUGGCCUCGCUGUAAUGAGACGAAUAACUUUUAGUAUUGUCAUGUUGAAUGAAUAAAUCUAAUAAACUGCGUGCAGUA